CAUAACAAAUAAGGAUCAAGAUUCAUGAAUUAACAAAUAAAACUAAGCAUCAACCCCCCCAAACCACAACCACAAUGCCCACCCCAGCUCCAAUCUACAUAUUCCCAGAUCUCCCUCCGCUUUCUCUCUCUCCCAUCUUCUCCCAUCAAGCAUCCCAUCUUCCCCCACCUCCUCUCCUCUAACUUCCUCCACCACCCCAACUCCUCAAUCUAGGACGCAUAUCCACUCGGAUAUUAUUUUCGCACACGCUUACACAAGGCAUUUAUGGCGAAUGCUCUUAUGGAAAAUGAGACGGAGAUACGGAAAGGGAUUGAACGGGCGGAGUUUGUUAGGAAGGGUAUGUUGUUGUGCUGUGCUAUACCAUUACUUUUGUUGCAUUUAUAAAGAGAAGAAGAGGGGGAGGAGGGGGAUGUAUUGGGUGUGGUUGGUUGAAAUUGUGCUAAUUAUUGUAUUGGGGAGUAGAGAUUGAAGCAUUGUAAGUUUUAUGUCAUUUUCAUAUAUUCUAAAAUCUGCGAGGUGUAUUAGGGAGUGGAUGGUUCACGGAAUUCGCGUAUAAGUAUCACAUAGAAAUAGAGAUAUGGGCUGAUUAAAUAUGUAUUGGGUAUAUCCAGGUACUAUCUUAAAAGGUAUCGAGCGCUGCGACAAAGAUACAAAGAAGGAUGAAGAAUGAAGAAUGAUGAUGAUGAUGAAGCCUCCUGGCAUCUAUAUCCAAACGAUGAAUACUAUAUGCCAAUUAAAAGGCAGAUAGAUAGAUAAAGUCCUUUAUGGACGGGAUAUUAUACGGAUGGUGAAUCCAGAAAGAAGACUUGGAUCCUGGCCUCGAGGUGUUGUAGGAUGAGAGAACUAUU